AUAUCCAGUUCAGUGCGUGCACCCCUGGGGCUCUGAAGCUUCUGUUGCCUUCCUUCUGAGAGGAGAGUGAAAUGGGGCAAGUGGGACAGGGAGGACUGUGUGUGCUGAGCAUGUGAUCAAGCCAUGGCCGAGGUCCUCUGACCUCUGCUGACCCUGAGAACCCCGAUCUCUGGCCUCCUGAUGCAUCCUGGUUCCAGAGCACUCACGCCCAGGGAUCCUUUUUGCCCUGGGCCUGGGUAUUGUCCUUCCAGGCUCCAGGCCCUCCAGAGAAGAGGGCAUUGUCUGAAGGGCAAGAGUAACGAAGACCUCGCGUCUUCCUCUUCAGGGACAACCAGAGGCUGGGGAGUCUGGGUGCCUGUAAAGAGGGACCUGGGGAGCCCCCGUGGGGUGACCAGAGGUCUGGGGACCUAGUGACCAGGAAAGGGUGCAGGCAGAGGUGUGCAGAGAGGCCAGGGUACUUGGUUUCAUCAUCACUGUGGCUCAGAUAAGGCCCUGCCAACUGGAAGCAGUGUCAGUGUGACAGAAGGGGCUACGUGGCUGAAGAGGUAGGCACGACAGUGUGUCCACAGUGUCGGACCAUGCCAGGCACAAAACGGUUUCAACGUGUGAUUGAGACCCCGGAGCCUGGCAAGUGGGAGUUGUCUGGGUAUGAGGCAGCCCUGCCCAUCACGGAGAAGUCAAACCCACUGACCCGGGAUCUGGACAAAGCAGAUGCCGAGCAGAUUGUUCGAUUGCUGGGGCAAUGUGAUGCUGAGAUCUUCCAGGAGGAGGGACAAAUCAUGCCCACAUGCCAGGCGACCCAGACUGAGUCAACUCUGACCACCAUGGUAUAAGCGGCUGGAAAAGUUCAGGAAGUGCUGAAGGAGCCUGAGGGGGGCGCUGGUGGGGCUGAGUGGAGGGAUACCUCUGGCAGGAUGGCAUUCCUCAGGUCGGUUUCCUUUAACCAGAUGAUGAAAGGUCUAGGACAGAAACCUCUUUACACCUACCUCGUUGCAGGAGGUGACAGGUCUGUGAUGGCCUCUAGGGAGGGGAUGGAAGAUAGUGCCCUGGAUGGGAUCGAGGAACUGAAGAAGUCUGUGGCUGCUGGGAAGAAGAGGGUGAUUGUCAUCAGCAUUUCAGCGGGACUCUCUGCUUCCUCUGUGGCAGGCCACAUGGACUACUGCAUGGAUAACCCAGCGGUCUUUUUGCCAGUCCUGAUUGGUUUCAACCCAGUGAGCAUGGCCAGAAAUGACCCCAUUGAAGACUGGAGUUCAACAUUUCAACAAAUAGCCGAGCAGAUGCAGAAACUGCUGGAGAAGCAGAAAGCUUUUGUGCUCAAUCCUGCAACUGGGCCUGAGGGCCUCAGUGGCUCCUCCCGGAUGAAAGGUGGAAGUGCCACCAAGAUCCUGCUGGAAACCCUGUUACUGGCAGCUCACAAGACCGCGGACCGGAGCAUCGCAGCAUCUGCGAGAUGCCUUCUGGAAAUCCUGCGGACAUUUGAGUGGGCUCAUCAGGUGACCUAGUGUCAAAGCCCCAAGAUCACCGCCCUGAUGAAGCAAGUCAGCACCAGCCUGGAGAAAAAAGGCUGAGUAUACCUGGUUGGCUGGCAGACCCUGGGCAUCAUUGCCAUCAUGGAUGGAGUAGAGUGCAUCCACACCUUUGGUGCUGAUUUCCAAGAUGUCCAUGGCUUUCUCAUUGGUGAUCACAGUGACAUGUUUAACCGGAAGGCUGAGCUCAUCAACCAGGGUCCCCAUUUCUCCUUCUCCCAGGAAGACUUCUUGACUUCCAUCCUGCCAUCCCUUGCAGAAAUUGACACUGUGGUCUUCAUUUUUACCCUGGAUGGUGAGAGGGAUGAUGGGAGUGGUGGGGUGAGGGGAUGGAGGCAGCUGAGUCACUCAGAGGAACUAUCACUUUUCUGGGUCUUAGGGCACCUGCUCAGAGGGAGGGACGGGAGUGUGUGUCCCCAUUGCCCAGAUGAGGAAGAUGAGAUUAAGGGAGUAAAGUUCCAGCAUGAGCUGAGCACCAAGUGGGUGCUGAAUACGGUGAGUACAGGAGCCCACGUGCUUCUUGGGAAGAUCCUCCAAAACCACAUGUUGGACCUCCACAUUUGCAACUCCAAGUUCUUCUGGCGGGCUCUGGCCGUGCUACAGCGGUUCUAGGGACAGCCCAAGUCUCGAUGCAUCGAGAGCCUUCUCCAGGCGAUCCACUCCGCUCAGCCACUGUCGGAUGAUAUUCGAGCAGCUCCCAUCUCCUUCCACGUCCAGGUUGCACGAGAGAAGGAACAGGUGAUCCCCAUAGCCUUGCUGAGCCUCCUGUUCCGGUGCUCCAUCCCUGAGGCCCAGGCAUACCUGGCUGCAGCUCCCUCUGUCCGUGAGGCUGUCAGGAGCGCCCUCACCCGGCCAGGUCGGAAGCGCAACGCCGACCUCUUGGAGACCCUAGAUCGUGCUGUGCCGUGAACUGGUGUUUCUGGGUGCGCGGAGGGGGCCAGCCCACCCCACGGGGACUUGUUGGGCCAGCAGCACGUGAAGUGGGAGGAGAGGCCCAGUCCCCAGGAGCACCAGCCGCCCAGGCUGGGGAGACAGCGUCUCUCUCCUUUGGGGAGAUCUUGCUGUUCACCCAGUGGUAUCCACUUUCCCUGGCAUAUUCUGAUUUCAGAAAUAAAACUGAAUGUCUUGUUUCAAAAA